AUGAUAUACAAACCAUCAUUGGACAACGUUCUGAUAUCUUUCACAGGAAGGGGGAAAAAUUGGCUCGAAGAUAAAAGAUCUCCCGCAAAAAAAGUGCCAAGAAGUGGGAGGAAGAAACCAAACGGAGGAACAAAAGAGGCUACAUCUAGAGAAGUGUCAAGAAUCGGAGGAACCUCUCAGAUGUCAGGUCCAGGGAUAAAAGGUUCCAGUGUUGCUGAAAAAAUUUCCGCGGGAAGAAUCAGGGGGUGGGGUCAUUUGAGCGGAUACAGCAGCUUUGUUUUUUUUCAGUUGAGUGUGUCAGCUGGAGUUCCCAAAGACGCUUCCAAAAAAGGAAAAAAGAAGCCAUCUCGAAGACCAUCUGCAGUACCAGCAGGCACUAAAAAUGAAUCUACAGCAUCGAAGAUGGAUACAAAAGACGAGGAAGAUGAUGAAGCUCCAAAGAAGAAAGAUAAGAAGGAUUUUCCAAAAAACACAUUUCAAACAAAAGAUGGAAAAUGUUACACAAUGGUUGAACAUCUUCGCAAUCCAAUGAAUUAUGGAGAGUUUUUGAUCAAAGACGAGAAAGAGGCAAAGUAUAUUCUACGUCUGGAGCCAUUGAAACGCGGGAAGCUACAAUUCACACAAGAAGUUGUCGUUGAAACUGCAAAACUAUUCACAGGAGCCGACAAGAUUCCAGUAAUCAAGUGUGUCGAUUUUGGAGGAAAUGAGAAAUUACAGGCUAAUGUGAGAUUUUUAAAAUCUAAUUAUUAUCCUGACUUGCUAUUUUUUCAGUAUCUCCUCUUGUCUGGAUAUUCUCUCCAAUUGUAUGAAGUUCUGAAAGUAUUGAAGACGUUCACUCCAGGAUGCGCAGUCAACGUGGCACUUCAAUGUUUAGAAGCCAUCCAAUAUCUGCAUCAAGCUGGAUACAUCAAUAGAAACAUCAAACCAUCAACCUACAACAUUGGAUUUGAUGAUCAAGAAACUAAGGUCAUGCUCACUGAUUUCCGUCUUGCAAGAGUUCACAUUGAACCUGGAUCCACCAACAAGAAGGUUCGACCUGCUCGCCCAAAGGUCAAGUAUGGAGGAACUUCUCGAUACGCAAGUGUAGCUGCACUCAAAGAACAAGAACAGUCGAGAAAAGAUGAUUUGGAAUCUUGGAUUUACAUGUUUUAUGAGAUGCUUGAUCCUGAAAAUGGAUUAAGUUGGAGAUCGAUACCUAGAUGUAAUAUGAUGAUCAAGGAAAAGGAGAACUUCAAAGCACAUCUUUUACCGAACACAUACCAAAAAGUUCCCGUUGAAUUCAAAAAACUCGUUGAUAUGGUUUCUGCUAUGACCUAUGAAACUGCACCAGACUAUGCGGCAAUCAAAGAAAUUGUUGAAACGGUUGGAAGAUCGAAAAAUCUGGAUAUGACAACUUGCGACUGGGUUGGAAAGUUCAACGAUCCGGCAGUAUACAAAAGUGCAAUAAAACAAGGAGUCGACAAAUCGACUGGAAAUCGAUGUUCUGGAAAUGAUGAUUUUGAAUUUAAAAAGAAGAUAGUUCGCAAAAUCAUGAAUCCAGACGAUGUCAUCAAAAACGGACAUUUCACUUGGAAAGUGGUGAAUCUUUUGGGAAGUGGAGGUUUUGGAGAUGUCUACAAAGUGUUUGAUGCUAAUGGAAAGGAUAAGAAGAAGCAUUACGCAUUGAAAACCGAGAGUGAAGAAGGAAAGAAAGUGAUGCUCCGUUUGAAAGUUGAAAUGCAAGUUUUGAUGGCGAUCACCGAGGCACGGAAAGUUCCUGUAAAAGAGGUUAAAGAAUUGAGAAGAACCGACAUCAACCAUCAUUUUGUGGAUUUUGUGGAUCGUGGAAAAAGUGAUGAUUUGAAGUGCAAAUUCAUUGUGAUGAGUCUGGUUGGUCCAUCGUUGGAUGACAUUCGGAAGAAGUAUACUGUCAAACUGCAUGAGAAACAAAACCCAUACAUUAUUUCCAUUCAGAGUUUGUAUGCGGUUGAAGACCUUCACAACCUUGGAUAUCUUCACAGAGACAUCAAGCCUGCUAACUUUGCCGUAGGAUUUGGCCCAGCAGAACCAACAAUCUUCAUGUUAGAUUUUGGAAUUGGACGAAGUUAUCUGGACCCAGCCACUAAACAACACAGAGCUCCUAGAAAAUCUGUAAAGUUCCUUGGAACUCUUCGUUACGCUUCCAGAGCCUGCAUGAAAGGACAGGAUCAAGGAAGGAAAGAUGAUAUCGAGUGUUGGUUCUACAUGGUACACGAUAUAUUUGACCCAGUUAAUGGACUCUCGUGGAAAAAUUGUAGAAAGCGAGAUGAAAUAACAGCGGCAAAAGAUGGGUUCUUCAAUGGAAGCUUGAAAAAGUCGAAAUCAGACGCUCCAUCAUCCUUGAAAGAUAUCUCUUCAUACAUGGAAACUUUGAAGUUCCAAACGGCUCCUCGCUACGAAUACAUUGUGGAAUUACUUCACGAAACUGCAGAACGAGAAGGUGUCAAUAUGAAGGGAGGAAAUGCUGUUGGCGGAUGGGUCGGACGUUUGAGAGAGAAGGAUCUGAAGGCUAGACAGAAACAAGCCGUCAGGUUCUCUGAUUCGGAAUCGGAGAUACUAACAGAAUCAUCUGGCGAAUAA